AUGAUUGCUCCCAAAAUUAUCAUCGCACUACUUGCAUUCUGCGCUAUUAUCAACUCAGGUAAAGCAUUGCGUUGUUACGAAUGCAUAGCCAGCGUUUUCCCGGGCGACAACAGCCCCUGUCUCAACGGGGAGGAGAUCCACCUGAGAAGGGUCCGGUGCAUCGGCCCCUCCGUUUGCGCCUUCUAUCGCUACGAAAGCACCGUGCCCGGUACUCCCCCGGUGACCCACGCGACCCGGGGUUGCCAGUCGUUGCGCUACGGGGGCACCUGCGAGGACAUCUUCAACGAGUUGAGGGCCCGGGGCGAGGUGUUGCCCGGUCAACACACUUGCGCUACUUGCAACAGCGAUCUGUGCAAUAUGGCGGUGAGCAGAACGGCCAGUUCGGUUCUGUAUUUUAUAUGCGUUGUCGGUUUUUUGUUGGUUUAUCGUUUAAGAUAAUUUAG